CGUUGCUGAUUACUACUCCUACUCAGCAAUCAUCAGCAUCUUGUUACAAUUCCUACUCAGGCAACUUUGGAGCAGCGGCCGCCGACGCCGUGUUCGUGAAAAUGUGCAAGAAAGCCAUCCGAUACGCCGUGGUGGACGCCUUCGCGACCGAGCCGUUCAAGGGCAACCCCGCCGCGGUGUGCCUCCUCGACGACGACAACGCCGCGGACGAGCGGUGGAUGCAGUCCGUCGCCACCGAGUUCAACCUCUCCGAGACCGCCUUCCUCGUCCGCGACUUGUCCCGGCCCGCCAGCGCCGCGCCGCUCUUCCACCUUCGAUGGUUCACCCCCGUCACCGAGGUCGACCUGUGUGGGCACGCGACGUUGGCCUCCGCCCACUUCCUCUUCACGGCCGUUCUGCCGGAGCAUGGCAUGAUCGAGUUCACGACCAAAUCCGGCAUCCUGACUGCGAAGAAAGUUCCUGCGCCAGGGGGCGCAGGCGAGGCCCACGGGAAGCUGUUUAUUGAGCUGAAUUUCCCCAUGAUUGAUUUCCUGGACUGCAACGAGAUGCCGUCGAUUCCAGAGACCCUAAACGGCGCACCAGUGGUCAGUGUUCACAAAUCGGCGGCCGACGGUGAUCUCAUUGUGGAACUUUCUUCAGCAAAAGAGGUUGCCGACAUCCUUCCUAACAUCGAAGAAAUUAAGAAGUUGUCAUGUGGUGGUAUCAUGGUUACAGGACCGGCACCUGCUGGAUCUGGUUAUGACUUCUUCACACGUUUAUUCUGCCCGAAAUUUGGGAUGGAUGAGGACCCUGUUACUGGCAGUAUACAUUGUGUAUUGGGACCCUUUUGGGGUAGAAAGCUUGGGAAGCAAAAACUGACGGCAUUUCAAGCAUCUCCAAGGGGUGGAACGCUAUACCUGGAACUGGAUGACGCAAAUCGGCGAGUGAAAAUCCAAGGAGAAACCGUUACUGUCAUGUCCGGGACACUCCUGGUGUAAUAUGCAUGCUGCUUGAAAACUUUCAGGCCUCCUUUGGUUUAGAGGAAUUUCAUAGGAAUUCUAGAGGAUAGGAUUCUUAUAGGAUUUUUUUUCUUUAGAGCCCUUUGGUUCAUAGGAAUGGAUUCCUAUUCCUAUAUAGGAUUGGUUCC